AUGGGCCGUGUCAUACGCAACCAAAGAAAGGGCCGUGGCUCGAUCUUCACAGCCAACACCAGAUUGAACAAGGCACCAGCUCAGUUCCGAACUCUCGACUAUGCUGAGAGACACGGUUACGUCCGUGGUGUCGUAAAGGACAUCAUCCACGACCCAGGACGUGGUGCUCCUCUCGCCAAGGUUGUCUUCCGCGAUCCAUACAGAUUCAAGCUCCACACCGAGACUUUCAUCGCCAACGAAGGAAUGUACACCGGUCAAUUCAUCUACGCUGGAAAGAACGCCAACCUCACAGUCGGAAACGUUCUCCCUCUCGGAUCUGUUCCAGAAGGUACCGUUAUCUCCAACGUUGAAGAGAAGGCAGGCGACCGUGGUGCGUUGGGACGUACCUCUGGCAACUAUGUUACCGUCAUCGGACACAACCCUGAUGAGGGCAAGACCCGUGUCAAGCUCCCAUCCGGUGCCAAGAAGGUCAUUAAGAGCAGUGCCCGUGGAAUGAUUGGUAUUGUUGCUGGUGGAGGAAGAACCGACAAACCUCUCUUGAAGGCAUCCCGUGCUAAGCACAAGUUCGCCGUCAAGCGUAACUCAUGGCCAAAGACUCGUGGUGUUGCCAUGAACCCUGUUGACCAUCCUCACGGAAUACGCUGCACAAGGUCAAAGGCUGGUCUUAUUGCUGCGAGAAGAACUGGUCUGUUACGUGGUACCCAAAAGGUCAAGGAUUGA